GCCCCCCGGCCGGGCAGCGCCGGGCGCCCCGCGGCUCGCCCGUCUCCUGCCGGCCCCUCGGAGGAGCGAGGGGCAGAGCCGGGGAGGGAGCGGGCAGCGAAGAUGCUGUGCCUGCCGGUCGCCUUCCAGCUGGUGCUGGUGCUGGUGCUGUGCAGCCAGGGCACGGAGCGGUGCCCGUCAGCCUUCUGCGAGUGUUCCGACUGGGACGACUACAAAAUCACCUGCAGGGACAUCCACUUCAUCCCCAGCCUGCCGGAGCACACUCAGACCCUGAGGUUUAUGGAGACUCAUCUAAGAACAAUUCCAAGUGAAGCUUUUUCCAAUCUCCCCAACAUCUCUAGGAUCUACAUCUCCAUAGAUGAAACCCUUCAGAGUCUGGAGGCUCAUUCCUUCAACAGUUUAAGUAAAGUCACUCAUAUUGAAAUUCGAAAUCUUAGAAACUUGGAUUACAUAGAUCCAGAUGCCUUUAAGAACCUCCCACUGUUGAAAUAUCUUGGUAUUUUUAAUACUGGACUCAAAGUAUUUCCUGACCUCACCAAAAUCUACUCAUCUGAUGUGAACUUUUUACUUGAAAUUGCAGAUAAUCCUUUCAUGACUUCAGUGCCUGCAAAUGCUUUCCAUGGGCUCUGUAAUGAAUCUCUAACCCUCAAACUCUACAAUAAUGGUUUUACCAGCAUCCACGGUCAUGCUUUUAAUGGGACAAAUCUAGAUGCUAUCUAUCUUCACAAGAACAAAUACCUGAAAGUUAUCAAUGAAGAUGCAUUUCUGGGAGUGCACAGCGGACCAACUCUACUGGAUAUAUCCAGAACAGAGAUUGUUAAUCUUCCAGCCAAAGGACUGGAAAGCCUUAAAGAACUAAUGGCCAAAAACACGUGGACUUUAAAGAAAUUACCAGCUGUAAAGAUUUUUCUUCAACUAAUGCGAGCUGAUCUGUCCUAUCCAAGUCACUGCUGUGCUUUCAAGAACUGGAAAAAAAGCAGUGGAAUUCUGGAGUAUCUGAUGUGUAACCAGACCAGCAGUCACAGCUUUCGUAAGAGAAGAUCAGCCAAAGCUCUCAGAGGUCCACUUUACAAAGAUUAUACAGAAGAAUACACAGACCACACUGAUACUACGUAUGACAAAAACAGGAAUUUUCAUGAAAAUUCCCAAUAUUACAUUUUUUUUGAAGAUCAUGGGGAAGGAAAUGUUGGAUUUGGCCAAGAGCUGAAGAACCCUCAAACAGAAGACAUGCAGACCUUUGACAGUCAUUAUGACUAUCCUGUCUGUGGAGGCAACGAGGACGUAAUAUGCACUCCAGAACCUGAUGAGUUUAAUCCCUGUGAGGACAUAAUGGGAUAUCAAUUUCUGAGGAUUGUGGUAUGGUUUGUGAACCUGCUGGCCAUACUAGGUAACAUUUUUGUCCUUUUCAUCCUUAUGACCAGCCACUACAAAUUGACUGUACCACGCUUUCUUAUGUGUAACUUGGCCUUUGCUGAUUUUUGCAUGGGGUUAUACCUUCUCCUGAUUGCUUCAGUGGAUCUCUACACCAGGUCAGAGUACUAUAAUCAUGCUAUAGAGUGGCAGACAGGGCCUGGUUGCAACACAGCAGGCUUUUUCACAGUCUUUGCUAGUGAACUUUCUAUAUACACACUCACUGUGAUCACCCUGGAGCGCUGGUAUGCCAUCACAUUUGCCAUGCGCCCAGAUCGGAAGAUUCGCCUCCGUCAUGCUUUGGUUAUCAUGCUGGGAGGUUGGCUCUCGUGCUUUCUUCUGGCCCUUAUGCCACUGGUUGGAGUCAGCAGCUACAGCAAAGUCAGCAUCUGCUUGCCUAUGGACACAGAAACACCAGUGGCUGAAGCCUACGUUGUCUUUGUUUUAAUAUGUAACAUCAUCGCUUUUGUCAUCAUUUGUGCCUGCUACAUAAAAAUCUACAUCACUGUGCGAAACCCUCAGUACAAGUCAGGGGACAAAGACACCAAAAUUGCCAAACGGAUGGCUGUGUUGAUUUUCACUGACUUUCUGUGCAUGGCUCCCAUCUCUUUCCAUGCUUUAUCUGCCAUUAUGAACAAACCAUUGAUAACGGUCACUAAUUCAAAGAUUUUGCUGGUACUCUUUUACCCACUCAAUUCUUGUGCCAACCCAUUUCUAUAUGCUAUUUUCACCAAAGCUUUCCGAAGAGAUGUGUUUAUCCUGCUAAGCAAGUUUGGAAUAUGUGAGCAUCAGGCUCAAGUCUACAGAGGUCAGACAAUCUCAGCCAAAAACAGCAGUGGCUCUUACGGGCAGAGAAUCAGCCGAGGUGUAGGUCAGAUUCUUACAAGUAUUCAAGACCCGGUCAAUGAUUACCUUCCUGCUAUGACAAUGCAAAACCAAAUUCUUGUGGAGGAAUCCAAGCAAACUGAGCUAUGACAUCUCACAGUAUCACAACCACAAUCUGGUCAACAGCUGGCUGUGCAUACAGAAAGUUGAGUGAGAAGAUAAUGUUUUCUCCUUAUCCUUUUUUCCCUACCCUAUCCUUGUGAUGUCUCAAAUAGCUUCUGAAAGAUGAGUCUUUCACUUGAACCUUGUCUCACAUUCUUAUCAGUGCAGGUGACAAGAUACUGUUCCAAUGAUGCUGCUGGAAAUGGAUGUGAAAGUUCUAUGUAAAUAGGAAAUUUAAUAUACUGAAAUAAAGUUAGCAAAUAUGAAAUGCACCUUCAUCUAAAAAAAAUAAGGAAGCAGGAGACCAAGCAUAAAAUGUCAGGGUACUGUUGACAGGGUACUGUUAUGACUAAAAAGGACGUACAGUCUUAGAGAUAAAAUGAGGUUAAAAAAUAUUAAACGUUGAAGCUCUUCAAUGUUAACUGCCUAUGUGUCAAAAGCUUUGGUUUUAUAAUAGCAAAUUCCUAAAACUUCCACUGGGGUGUGAAACAAAACAGAUUCCUUCUGCUUCUACCAUCCCGACCUGAAACGAAGCCAAGACUUUGUUUGCAGUUUUUGGUUUACUUAGGUGAAGUGAGAAGAGAAGCUUCUUCAUAUUGCCCUUGUAGCAGUAAAAGACAAAUGCCAUUGAUUUUGCUGUUGUUCAUAACUGGUGACAAACAUUAGGGCAUUUGUCUGCGUGUUGCAAAAAUAUCUCUUACUAUCACAUUCUCUCACUUUCUGAUAAACCUACGUAGGAGAUGGUUUAAUGUGAAUUUCUUUCGAAGAAAUUCAGUCUACCCAAGUCAAGUUAAUGUUGUUCAUAUUUUUUUGAUGGUUGAAAAUGUAAGAUUGUACUAAAUUUUAAUGCAACUCUCCAUUCUUCACCCAACUUCAGUACUGUUUAAUUUGAACAUCAAAAAGCUCUUUACUGUGCAGGUGACCAAGCACUGGCACAGACUGCCCAGACAGGCUGUAGUCUCUCCUCCUUGGAGAUCUCCAAAAGCCACCUGGAUGUGGUCCAGGGCAACCUGCUAUGGGUGGCCCUGCAGGGGGCUGGACCAGAUGACUUCAGAAGUCACUUCCAACCUCAGCCAUUCUGUGAUUCCAUGAAUCUGAGCACGUUUAUGUUGAACACCAAGUACUGCUUCCUUACCACUGCUGUUCCUACUUACCUCUCUCUUAUGCAGCUAGAAUGACUUUCCUUCCAGCGCUUGCUAUGCUGAGCUGCCUCAAACCUACACUUAGACAGAGGGUGCGGAUCAUGCCUUCAGGUUACUUCAUGCCCUUCGGUUACUGAAUUGAAGGCCAGCUGCUGGCUCUUCCAACAUGUUUUAAGAACAUCUCUCCAUCUCGUGGGGAGAUCUGUAUCUGAAUGUUGUAAUGUCUGCAGUACAGCCACAUAUACCACGUGGUUAUCUUUUGGCUGGCCACUGCAUGCCUGCAGCUUAGGUGCAUACCCACCACACUGUGCUUAAAGAAAUGCAAGCUCAGACACAAGGAACAUUGCGCAGGCUCUUGCUACAGCGAAGCACUAAAGCACCCUUCUGGCACACCAGCUGCAAAAUAUGGCCAAACCUUAGAUCAGUCAUGGCUGUGGUAAGUUCACCCACAUGCCACGAUCAAGUGAGCUGGGGCCUGGCUCUCUGCAUCUCCUGCAGAGAUCAGGACUCGGGUUAGGAGCUGCUCUGCAUCAGCUUGUUAACUUGUGCGGCAUGAGUGCCUGGUUCUGACAGCAGGAUCAGACCUGUUCUCUGCCAAAUGUAGAGACUAGCUCUGUAGGACUGGUACUGAGAGUGCCAUUGAUUAUUUCACCUAUCUAUUUGGAAGGCCUACCAUGAGAACAAAGAAUACUGAGUGAGUCUCUGCCUUCAGGUGUAUUUUAAAGAUUAUUUUUGUAGUAUCUAUACAAUUUUAAUGGAGUUACAGUCUUUGGGGAAUAGCGAUUAAAUUGAGCAGACAGCAGUCAAACCUUUUAUAAUGAGAGUUAGUAGGAUCCAGACAAACAUAAUGGUAGAGCCCUUCCAACUAUGAGCUACUACAGCCAGUAACUGCAGGACUGUGAAUGCCACGUAAAUACUCAUUCAAACACAAUUUGAUUUCACAUUCCUAAUUAUAAAUAAAGGCUGCUUCAGUGAACAGAAAAAAGGGCCUACCAUUCACUGACACUGCGACAUGGUCUUAUAAAAAAAUUAUUCCAUCACUGUUAACUCCAUCUUGGAACAGUAGCAUUCAGAAUGCCCUAGUCCUGUCCAAGAGUACCAUACACAGCAAGCUGCUACAGUUGCAACCCCCUGCCCUCAGAUUCUGCUAUCCUUCUGAUACAGAAAUGAUCAUUAAAGGGAGAAAAGGUUAUCCGUCCAUACUUUCCUGAGUGCCUUUAUCACUUCAUCAGAAGCAAAGACAAUCAAGUUCCAUGCACAUACUGUAUAUUUAUGCUACAAAUUCCAUAUGCACUAGUGUACCAGUGGGGGGGGGAGAAAAUCCAAGCUUUAAUCCUAUCCUUUUUCAAAAAGAGAGGAAAGACUAAAUCAAUUAUAAUUUUAAAAGUGUUUUUAGAAGUACCACAGAUCACUUAUUUCAAACAUCUUUUCACCUUAAAUGAAACCAGAAGAUUCACUCCAUGGAAACUACUAGGACAUUGGAAGGACAUGGAGUUUUGGACUGCCUGCAGUAUGAUUUUGAAUUAAUACAGCUCUUUGCUGUUACUUAUGGAAGAUGUGCAUUUACACAUUAUUGAACUUUAUCUCCCACCACUGAAUAUAUUUUGUCAAUUGAAAAGAUUCUGUGAUACUGCCGUUAUGAACAAAGUUAGAUAUUUCUGUUUUGUCUUGCAUAUUCCUUCUUGUGUUUAUCUUGAUGAAAAAUAUUUAAGAAGCUAUGGGAAACAUCCACGUAGUAGACUUCAAAUAAAUUAUUUUUCAUACGUUUAUUUGUAAAUAGCUGUAUCCUGUAGAUAUUCUCUUACAUUUCUGCUCUGGUCAGUCCUUUCAGCCAUUUUUGGUUUUGCAUACACCCUGAUGUAAUACUUGCUAUUUUAAAUGUCUCAGCAAGAUGUACUAUUUCUGGCAGUAAGCACUUUUUUUUUUUUUCCUUUCUCUAGAAUACUUUAGAAAUAACACAGAGCAUUGGAAUAAAAUGUUUUGUUUGAAAUUUUAAGAGGCCCAGUGAGCUUUUCUGAAGGUUUUUAAAUAUUUUGCCUCUAAAAGAAGUUAAGACUAUUUGUUAAGACUAUUUCUCCUGCAUUUAAUUUAAUUGUUCUCCUUGGCUAGCACACAGCCAAAAAAGACUGACACUAUUUGACAGAGAAUUUGUUUUUUUCCCCACAACUAGCAGGGAAAAGGUUGUCCUAAACAGCCAUUUCAGUGCAGCAGAGAUGGAAAGAGAUAUGUCAGCAUUUUACUGAGAUUACUGCUGAGCUCUGGGGUUCCAAAAUCAUUAUUGAAUACAUUCAAGAUGGUCAGAAAAAUCACCUAACAGCCAUGAGAUCAUCUUCAAAAGACUAAAUCUGGUAUCUGACCUUUUUCACACUGCUUUCUAAACUUAAUUUGUAUGUGACAGCCACAAUGACUAACGAUUGGAUACUUCAUGAGAAAACAUGCACAGUAAGAAAAUUGUGUGGUAGAGAGAGACUGCAGCAAGAAUUCUCACAUAGCUAAACAAAGUAUCAGUCAA